AGAUGUACAGACCAAUUCAUUACACAAUGAAAUAAUAUCUUUUCCCCUCUUUCUCCCUUUUAGGGUUUUCUCAAAUUCAUACAUGGAUCUGCAAUUUUGUAGAUCUAACAGCCACUGGCUGAGCAGGAGAGCUAAGAAAAUUGCAGCGGAUGUGCUUGGAAUUCAAACCGAACGCAAAGAUUAUGUUAAUUUUAGCUCUCGUGCACCACCUGUUGGAAUUGGAGCUAAAGAUGAACAGGAGUUUGAAUCAAGAAAAUCAAAAGAGGAAGAGCGAAUGGGUACUGUCAAGCGGAAAUGGCUCCAAGAAUGUGCUGACCGAGUUACUGUUGGAUGGAUUCCAGAAUUUGAAAGAUCUCUGCCUGGAUGGUUGUGAUCCACUGACAAAUUUAUUGAAGACCACUGUCAGAAAAAAAUAGUAUGUUCCCGAAACUCAUGUAAAUUCCUGUGAUAGUCUACAAUAUAUUUACUUGCCUGUCUUUGGCUAGGCGUUCGUAAACUUGAAGACUUGAAAGUAGCUUGCCCUGAUGAUGAGGACCUUGGAUAUAAAGAUGAGAUAUGGUUCCAUUUUUUCUAUUUGUCCAAGCCUGGAACGGAUAGACCUCAUUGGGGCUGAUAGCAUAACUGUUCUAUUCUCUCACCAACUUCCGAUUGGCUA